GUCAUUGAGCAACCAGUUCCUCUGUUGCCAGCUGUUGCCAGCCCAGUUUAUUCUCUCUCUUCAUCUCUCUCCGGCAUCCAGAAACUUGACGACACGGCAAAGACAUGAAACGCGAGCCUGCUUCUGAGUCCCGCGGGAGCACGCCUGCCCAAGACAGCGAUCUCGAGGGUGCUGAGGUCCUCACGCAAACCACGCACACGGAGAGGAUCGUAUCCGCUACAUUCACCGACGAUGCGAGCUGGGAAGACGAACCAGAAUAUAACCUAGCAAAUCCAUACGAAGUUUCGCCCUCACCACUUGCAAACGGCAGGUCGACCUUCGCGCGGAAGCGCAAGCCAAUGGCUAAGAAGAAUUCCGUCGCUCAGCCGGGCACGAUUCGCAGGGGCUUUGCAAGGGCGAAAGGCAGCCUCUCAGAUAACAUUCCCCCACUUGUUAAUGUCAACGGCGAGCAAGUCCGGCACGCAAUCAACGAUGGCGCUUUCUACACGCUCGAAUACUCUUUUGACGUGCUCAAGACCUCUCUCCGCCUCCUGCGCAAACCCCUUUCUUUCCUCCUCUUCCUAUACCUCCUCGCAUACCUCCUCACCCUCGCCUCGAGCGCGUUCCGGACCCUGUUCGCCCCCAUGUGCUGGAUCCCGGGUCUAUCACGCACGCCGAUAUGCUACACCCCGCCCACGCCGCCAAAGGUACCCAAGUGGGCGGACUACGCGAAGCUCGCGGAAAUGGAGAGCUCGACGUUCGAGCAGCUCCUCGACUCCACCGUGGGCAACUCGGCGCUGAGCCUCGAGAUCAAAAAGGCCGAGAUGGCGACACAGGACCUCGUCGCGCUUGUCAAGGCCAGCGACUUCACGAGCAAGGACAUGCUCGCGAGUCAUCUCGAGGGUUUUGUGGAGGCUGCCAAGAGAACGGGACGCGGUUUGCAGAGGUUCAGCGCGCGUGUCGGCGGCGCGGUAGACAGGUAUGCGUCUACGGUAUCCUUACGUAAUUUUUACUCUGACACGCUUGUAGCAUCGUCGCCGUCAACGACCACGCGUUCCACACCAUCCAGGACCACGUCAAGUCCAAGUCCGCGCUGAGCCUGCUCAACCCGUUCAGCACCGCGCUCACGACGCAGCAGGUGGUCACGCAGACCUUCGCGGACGCGAUGUCUGUGCUCUCCGCGCAGAUGCAGCGCGUCGUGCUCGAGGCAGAGGUGAACAUGCGCAACCUCGACGCGCUCGAGGAGCAGCUCUUGACGCUGCACGAGAUGGUGCACCGCGAGAACAGGACGGUCUCGGCUGCGAAGGAGGAGCUCCUCGCCGAACUCUGGACCGCCCUUGGCGGGAACAAGCGCAAGCUCCGCGGGCUGAACGGCCACCUGUUUCUCCUCCGCAACAUCGGCGCGUAUCGUUCACGUGCGGCUGCACAUGUCGCCGCGGCGCUCCAGGCGCUUGAGGGCAUGAGUGAGGACAUGGAGGACCUCCGCGAGCGCGUGGCUGCGCCGGAACUCAUUGGCGAAAGGAUCCCCGUUGAGGUGCACAUGAAGAGCAUCAGAGCGGGCCUGGAGAGGCUCCAGCAAGGUAGGACCCGCGCACAGGAGCGCGAGGAGGAGACUGUACGGCGGUUGCUUGGCGUAGAGGAGGAGGAUAGUUGAACGACGACGACACUGACAAACACGGAACGCUGUACUAUUUAUCAUAUUAGUGAUUUAUGUAGCAAGUAGCUGAGUGCUGAGUUUUCUUGGAAUCAAAUUUUUGAUUGUGCUCUCUUCGGCG